CCUGCUCUACUGACUGAACUCCAGCCCCGCCUGUGCACGGCAGCACCCAUGGUCUCUGAAAACUCGAGUAUUUGUCGACAAAUUUGUAGUGUUUGCAGUCGCACAUGUCGGCUCUUCGGAAUGCUGUGUGCCUGGCUCGAAACGUUCUGGACUGUUAAUGUGAAGAGGCGUUUUUUUGCUACGUCACCAGAGGAAGAGAAGCCAAUCUCUACAGCUGACUGCAUUUUCCACAAAGAAAAAAUUGUGGAACUCGGCAACAUCCUGAAGAAUACUACACAAUCGCUUGACAAGAGAGCUCAAGCUGCCCAGAAAAUCGGACUACUGUCUUUCACAGGAGGCAAGAGUGCUGCACAGUUCGCCAGCGAGUACAUGAAAGAUGUUGUUUUCUUGCUGGAGAAGGAAAAGUUGAUGUCAUUCAAGACAAAGACCAUGCUGAUAGAGGGUGUGGCAUGUUGGUGCUACUUAAACCAUGACAGCCAGAGAACAGCCAGACAACUGGGUUUUAUUCCUAUUUUUAUUAAUUUCUUGGAGACUCCUUUAGAAUCUAUCAAGCAUCGUGAAAUAAAGAGCCACCGCCUCUUCCUGUUCUGGAUCUGCUAUACCCUCUCAGUCAUGGCCUCUAACAACCUACCUAUUAUAAAGGAACUGAGAUCUUAUAGAUGUCUAAAAUACCACCUACAGAUCUUGGCUAUGGAGAACUGGUCUGGGUGGUCUGAAAAUUUUGCUGAGGUCUUAUAUUUCCUAAUAGGUUUUCAAAAAAGAUAAUUUUUUUUUUUUUUGUCCAAUUACAUGUUUCAACUAUCCUGGUACCUUGCAUUACCCCAGAAACCUGAAAUAAAGAAUAAA